UUAACCUGGAUUUAAUCCCCUCAAAGUUGCUCAAACCAGAAUGACUGUUCUCAGUCAAAGCACCACUUAACUGCCUCUCAGAUGAUUCUAAGAAAAAGUGUCUUUGUAACAGCCUCAGGAACUGAUUUCAAAUCCCAGGCCUUUGUCUUUCAUCUCUCUGCUCUUGGGGCUCUGGGUAGUGCCACAUCUGGUGGUGGUUUGUGUGAAAGGAAAUAAUAUAUAUAUAAUAGUUUCCUGUUUGGUCAUUUAAACCUAUCCCUGUGCUGGACAGAAUUUGACCCACUUCACUCAGUAACAAAAUGUCCUGUCUCUAAAGUGCCCAUUAUUUGCAACAGCAGGUCAGCCAAAGUGAUAGUGCUUUACCACCAGGCCCAAAGCUGCCCUGGCCCCCUAUUCUAACCUUUACUGUUUUCAUUUACACAAAUAGUAUUGUUAGUAACUGAACCCGGAGCCUGGGACUUACUUCUUUGAAGCAUAUAAUUACGUUUGACAAGAAACUCCCAAAGUCUAGUAAAUAUGGUCAUUGUCCUUUUAAUCCUUUUUGGAGCCAGAUUUCAUUUUAUUCCUGAAUUUAAAAACCAUCAGCUUUAUAAUUUAUUGUGCAAUGACUGGGAACACAAACAAAAACAUGCUAAUAAUAAAAUAAAACAUAUUUAAUAUUUUGAAUUCUCUUUCUUUAAUUUGGCUUUAGUUUUCUUGCCCUGACAGUUUUCUUACUUGACAGUCUUGCCCUGGAGGUUUUUCGCUUGUUUACUUGCAGAGGUGACUGGUUUUUUUUCCCCUCUCUGGACAUGUCAGUUUGUGGUACUGAAUGUCUGAGAGGACCAUAGAAUUCGUGACAUUAUUUCUGUAUAUUAGAAUCUCUUCACACAGCAAACUCUUCAACUACAGAAUGAUCACUGACCAUUCCUAAAACUGUGCAUAUGUUUGGGGGAAAAAAUCUGUUCUGCAACCAUCACUUCUUCUUAUUCUAGUCUCUUAAGCUAAUUUCAAUUUCUUCCUCCUUAGAGAUGUUAGAAAUGUAUGGAUACAUCAUUUUAGUUUGGUUCUGCUGAAAUGUUUAUGUUAAAACAGAAAGAAAUGUUUGUAGUAACACAAUAUGAAUGUGUAGGACAGGAGUGAGCAAACUGUGACCCUUGGGCCAAAUGUAGGCAGCAGACAGUGUGCAGAGGUUUUUACAUUUUUAAAGGGUAGUGGGUAGGGGGAAAAACCAAAGAAUAUGGAACAGAGACUAGAUGUGUCCCACAAAAUUUAAAGUAUUUACUAUCUGGCCCUUUACAGAAAAGUUUGCAGAUCUGCAGCUUGGGCUGGCAUCAUGUGUUCAGGUUCAAAGCCUUAACAUUUAGAGCAGCUGGUAUCUCUUUGAACUUUAGGCUUGGACUCUUAUGGACUACUGCCUGCUGUACCAGGGUAAAUUAUACUCUAUUUAUUCUAGUGUACUAUUUAGUUGACUAGAUGUUAGUACUAUUUAUAUAAUCUAGUGGUUUCCAAUUCUGGCUGCAUUUUAAAAUCAUCUGGAGAGCUUUAAAAAUACUGUUGCCUAGGCGCCUACCCCAGAGAUCCUGAUUUCAGGAUCUGAAGGAGAACCUGGGCAUAGGUGUUUUCCUACAUUCUCUUCAGAAAGAUUGAUUCUAAUGUUCAAGCAGGUCUGAGAACCACAGGCCUAAACCACUUAAUGGUCUAUUCAUGGAUUAACAACUAGACCAUAUUCUUAGGCAGUUUUUAUUCACAUUGUUCAUUAGAAAUAUAAUAAAGAUGAAUUAUACAAAUUGCUCUUUAAUUUCAAAACAGAAGUGUUGCUCAGGGAAAUUUUAGCUGAGACAACUUUGAAAUGUGAGGAGCAUAUGAAACAGAUAAUGCAGAGCCCAGAGAAAUAGAAUUUAAAAGAUAGGAACUGAAAGGAACAUGCCGGAAAAAAAAGAAAAGAAAAGAAAAAAAAACACUCAAAAUCUCAAUACACAAAUCACUGAGUAGAUUUCUUGCUGUCUGGGUAAGUGUAUCUAUUUUCAAAAGUGCUAUUAACAUAAACAGAGCAGUAAAUCUGGGGCACCAUACUUUUUUUUUUUUUUUUUAAGUUGUUAAGAAGAAUUAUAUCAGUCUGCAGGUGUCACACGCAGUUACUCAGAAUCAGAAAGAAGGCUGAUCAGGGGUUAGAAGAUCUCCAUCUAUCUUUUUGCAACCAACCACGUCCAGGCUGUUUAUUUAAUACUUCCUCUUGCUAAUGAAGAUACUCGUUGGGGAUGGGUCGGGCUUUCCCAUCUCAGCAUAAGACUGCAAGAUUUGAACGUGCCCUGGUGCUGGCUUCACUGACCACAGCAGGUACCCCAGGCAAGAAUCUGAGCAGUAAUAACAGCAAGUGCGGAGGCAAGACACAUCAAAGCAGAGAUGGGAAGUGAAAGAGCUCUCGUUCUGGACAGAUUAGCAAGCAAUGUGGCAAAACGAAAAAGCUCAAUGCCUCAGAAAUUCAUUGGUGAGAAGCGUCACUGCUUUGACGUCAACUAUAAUCCUAGCUAUAUGUACGAGAAAGAGAGUGAGAUAAUCCAGACCCGGAUGAUGGACCAAGCCAUCAAUAAUGCCAUCAGCUACCUUGGUGCUGAAGCCCUGCGCCCCUUGGUCCAGACCCCACCUGCUCCCACCUCAGAGAUGGUUCCAGUAAUUAGCAGUAUGUAUCCCAUAGCCCUCACCCGUGCCGAAAUGCCAAACGGUGCCCCCCAAGACCUAGAAAAGAAGAAUAUCCACCUGCCAGAGAAGAGCUUGCCCUCUGAAAGAGGCCUCUCCCCCAACAAUAGUGGCCAUGACUCCACGGACACUGACAGCAACCACGAAGAACGCCAGAAUCACAUCUACCAGCAAAAUCACAUGGUCCCCGCUAGGGCCCGCAAUGGGAUACCACUUCUGAAGGAGGUCCCCCGCUCUUAUGAACUCCUCAAGCCCCCACCCAUCUGUCCGAGAGACUCCAUCAAAGUGAUCAGCAAAGAAGGGGAGGUGAUGGAUGUGUAUCGGUGUGACCACUGUCGAGUCCUCUUCCUGGAUUACGUGAUGUUCACUAUUCACAUGGGUUGCCACGGCUUUCGUGACCCUUUUGAGUGUAACAUGUGCGGAUAUCGAAGCCAUGAUCGGUAUGAGUUCUCAUCUCACAUAGCCAGAGGAGAGCACAGAGCCAUGCUAAAGUGAACAUCUGGUCCCAGAGAUGAUUUAUGCCUGAGCAUUCAACAUAAUUUGUAAAAACCGACACCCCGCCUAACAAGCUAUUCUCCAAACAAACUCAGUUCCAAACCCCUUUCCAUACCACUUUUAGUGUCCAAAGGGUCAAGUUCACAUGGACAACAGAGAAAUGCUGUCUUCAUUCAGAAAUUGUUUGCUUUUAUAUCAUGUUAUCAUUUUUGUGAGACCUUUGUUUUCUCAUCGGGGACUUGAGUUUUUAUGACAUUUAAAAGCCAUUGAAGUAUUUGGUCAUUACCUUUUGCAGCAAUAGAACAAGCAGUCCUUGGAGUUUGUUGCCAGUCAAAAGAGUCCCCCAGCUGUGCUGCAUGAGACAUUCUUUCUGAGAUACAGUGCCAUAUGUGGAAAAGUCAUACAUCCAGGUCCAUAAGAAGAGCUCACCAGCUAACUUCGGUGGGAAGACAUGCCCUUCUGCACUUAACAGAGGCUGAAAGUCUAGGAUAUAAUCUCCUCAUCCCUAAUUAGAGUCUAAUAGUAAGGAAAAGAACAGUGAUAAAAUAAGUAUCUGUUACCAGUUUCUGAAGACCCCAGUCUCCAAGCAGCAGACCCAUUUCUUAUCACACAAG